AUGAAUGAUAACAAUAAUAAUAUAGAUAAUAUAGAUAAUAAUAAUAACAACAAUAAUAAUGACAAUAAUAAUAAUCAAGUUGAAUUACCUUUAUAUAUCCAAAAAAUAAUACUAAGAUAUAUCUCUGACCAUAUUAAUAUUUGUUACCGGGUUAUCGAGGAUAGAUUCUUCCUCAGUGGUUAUAGAGCAAGAGAAAGAUAUACUAAUCAAUUAAUUUUAAAAGUCUCACUCACCUGUAAAUCAUGGCACAAAUUUAUCAAUAAUAUGGUCUAUGUAUCUGUAGAUUUCAACUACGAUAAUCAAUUCUUUUUUAAAGUAAAAAAAUCAUUUUUAGAAAAUAAAAGAAAAAAAGAAUUAAAAAAAAACAAUAACAAUAACAAUAACAAUAACAAUAACAAUAACAAUAACAAUAACAAUAACAAUAACAAUAACAAUAACAAUAAUAAUAAUAACAACAAUAUUUAUAUUAAAGAUAUUAUAUCUUUUUUCAGUGCUAGCGAAUUUGGCAUUGAAAUGAAUGAGAAGUUUAGUACUCUUAGUAGUCAAGAAAUUAGUACUCUUCAAGAAUUUCUUGUGUCUGAACUUGUCGACAAUAAUAAUGAUAAUGAUAAUGAUAAUGAUAAUGAUAAUGAUAAUGAUAGUGAUAGUGAUAGUGAUAGUGAUAGUAAUAGUAAUAGUAAUAGUAAUAGUAAUAGUAAUAGUGAUAGUGAUAAUGAUAGCUAUUACUAUGGUAGUGAUAGUAAUAUUGAAGAAAACACCAAUGAAAAUAAUGGUCAGCAACAAAACAAUAAUAGCAAUAACAAUUUAUUGAAAAUAGAAAAUAUUUCAGUUUUAAAACUUCAUUUUAGAAAAAAGGGAUUCUAUAAAUUUAUCAAUAAAAAAAACGAUUUAAAGAUAUCAAAAAAUAAAGCAAUCGAUAAAAUUCAAGAAAUCAAAAAACUAGAAACCUUACUCAUCAGAAACAUCGAACUUGGUGGCAACUCAAUUUAUGAACUUGUUAAAGAAUUCCAAUCAGACCAAUACACAUUAGAAAUUCUAGAAUUUGUAUUAGAUACAGAUAUGAAUCAAGAGAAAUUCGAUUAUAUAUUUGAAAAAACAUCAAGAAUCCAUUCAAUAAUUUUUCAAGAUUUUAAAAAUAAUGCAUUGAUAUCAAAGUCAUUUAAAUAUUUUAUAAGCCAUCAAAUAAAAGAACUCUUUAUAAAGAACACCAACAUACCAUUUAAAGACAUUAUUGGCUAUGAAGUUCCACUCAAAGAGCUAAACUAUAAACUUUACAACGACGAUCAACUGUUAAGCGAGGUAGAAAUCCAAAAUUUAGUAGGAUGCCACCACAAUUUUUACAAAUCUUGCUUAAUCGACAGCAAAAGAAUCAACAUAUUAAAUAGCAUCGAGCUAUUGGAUAUUUGUCAAGAAGAUAUAAUGAUUGAUGACCUAUUUUUCAUCUUAAAAUCAUUACCCAAUUUAAGAGAAUUUUCAAUUCGAAUAUGCUUUGAUAGAUUAAUUAGCUUUUUUUCAGAUGAACACGAAGGUAAUGAUUGCCCCUGUAAUUCAAUUGUCAGUAAUAACAACUCUCUCACCUUCAAUAAAAACAAAUUAAACUUCUAUUGGGAUUUACUCUGUCAAUUAGCUUCAUCUCACAAACUAGAAAUUUUAGAUAUUGGCCAUGGAUGUGAUGACUCUGGUGUUCCUAACUACUCAGUCGCCCAUCGUUUAGAGAGUUAUCCAAAAGUUUUUAUUAAAAAUCUUGGUAGAUUUGUUUCAAGUUUCAAACAUUUAAAAACCCUCAGAACAGAUUCAUUUUGUACUUCAGACUUUAUAAAAUAUAUUAUCACCAAUGCUAAUAAUAAUAAUAAUAAUAAUAAUAAUAAUAAUAAUAAUAAUAAUAAUAAUAAUAAUAAUAAUAAUAAUAGUAAUAAAAAUAAUGGUGGGGGUAGUGGUAGUAUCAGAAAUUAUCAAAUAAAUGAAUUUAAAUUUUUCUUCCAUCCCAUCACUUAUAAAAGAAGCUUAUUAGAUAUCAUAGCAGAAUAUGGUUCCGGUAUAGAUAGAUUAGAACUUAUUGGCCAUAUGGAAGAUAACGAAAUGGUACUUUUAAACCAUAAACAUUCAGACAUUGACGAAAUCACCCAACUUUUAAAUAACCUAAGCUGUCAAUAA